CCGCGAUACUCUCACUACACACAACUCCCAACAUCGCCAACAGCUCUUGUCCAGAUACGCGUCCAAAAAGUCUGCCGGCCAGUCCGAUCGCCAGCCUCUCUUGCAAUGAUACAGCUACCACCUCUCAAUCUGGAAAUCCGUCUGUUGUUCCCGAUCUAGUAACCCCGUUCUUGGUUGCUCAUCGGUCUCUUGCAACGCCGACAGGCGACUUCUAUCACCGACCAUCCGUCUUCACCCACCAGCGGCGUCCAGAGGCGGCCAGCGGCCACAGCACCAUCCCACCGCCCUCUCUACAAUGAACAUUGAUCCUCAACUGCGCGCCUCCCCUCCUAAACCACGCGACUCGUUUCCAAAUGGCGUCCCUCCCACAACCUAUUCGCACUCUCCCAUGCAACCUAGUCCAAACAACUCUUACCACUCCAUCAACACUCCCACCUACUACCAGAACCCCCCCGCGCAAGAUACUCCUGAAGACCUCAGUACCUCUCCCAAUCCACCAGACCCCAGCGAUCCAAAUGAUCCAAACGACCUCAAGAGGCCCCGCGCUUGCGAAGCCUGUCGCCAGCUCAAAGUAAAGUGCGAACCUGACGACUCACACCCGCAAGGCUCUUGCAAGCGGUGCGCCAAAGCCAACAGGCAAUGUAUCGUCACCGCCCCCAGUCGAAAGCGCCAGAAGAAGACCGAUGGCAGAGUCGCCGAGUUGGAAAAGAAGAUUGAUGCCCUGACAGCCACUCUUGCUGCUCGAGGCGGCACUGACCCCGACCUCACCCUAGACCCCUCUGUUGGACACCCGCAACAUACUCCCCUUCCGCGCCCAUCCUCCUUUGCAGAACAAUGGCACCCUCCGUCCGCGCCCCAUCCCCCUCCGGGCCCCAUGAGUGUUCGAUCUCCUCCGCCCAUGCUGCCUCACCAGCAGGGCCUCAAAAGGAAGGUUGCCAAUGAAUACGAAUACUUCGGCGGCGAGCUACACAAGUCUGGCCCCCCCGUCUUCAAAUCAGCUCCUCCGCCCAACCACUAUCCUUCCCCUGCUUAUCAAGAGCCAAUACGCCCCAAGGCGGACAAUGAGGACUGGGCGGCCUUCGACGUCAUUGAUCGUGGACUCAUCGACCUCAAUCCCGCCCGGAAGAUAUUCGAGAGAUACGUGGCUGAGAUGUGCGACCACCUACCUCUCGUCGUGUUCCCACCCAACACCAGCGCCGAUGAUAUCCGCAGACACAAGCCCAUGUUGUUUGCCACCAUCGUUGCCAUUGCCAGUGGCACCAUUCGAGCCGACCUCCAACCCAAGUUAAUUAACGAGAUCACCAGAGUUUUGGCCGACCGAGUCAUGUACCGGGGGGAAAAGUCUCUCGAGUUAGUUCAGUCGAUCCAAGUCCUAAGCUGUUUCUAUCAGCCUCCCGAACGCUACGAAGAAUUGAAUUUUAAUCAACUAAUCCACGUGGCCGCUGUCAUGGCAAUGGAUCUCGGCAUGGGCAAACGUGCCAAACGACAUGCCGGCGGUAUCUGGCGCCCAUAUCACGAGAACAAAAAGCCUCUGACAGACCCCAACAACGCCGAGACUCGUCGGUGUUGGUUGGGUUGUUAUUACAUGUGUUGCAACUCUUCCAUGUCUCUCCGUCGACCCCUACUGAUUCGGUGGAGCCCGUAUGCGGAUGAGUGUAUCGAGGUACUCACCACUUCCAAAGACGCUCUACCCUCAGACAAGUGGUUCUGUCAACUGGUUCGCGCACAGCACAUUGCCGAGGACGUUGGCCUCGAGUUCUCCAUGGACGAUCCGGCAUCUCUCCUCACCUUGAACGAUAGCAAGACCCAGUACCACCUCAAGGCAUUUGAACGUCUGCUAAAAGAGUGGUAUGAUGCAGCAUCCCCCGAGAUCCUCAGCAAGCCACUCUUCAAACACUCUCAUGGAAUCAUCAAUCUGUACAUGCACGAGAUUGCGAUGCAUCACAACCACAACAUCGACGACUUUCGACCACCUUUUAAUACCACUCCGAUUGAAGGCCCACCGGACCCGGACAAUGUCACUCCGGCCCAUAUCGAGGCUCUUACCACCUGUAUCGAAUCUGCCCACGCAACAUUUGACGCCUUCUUGUCCAUGGACAUCAGGACGCUUCGCGCUAUUCCUACGCUUUUCUUUGUCCGCAAUGCAUACGCGGCCGUUGCUCUCAUCAAGAUGUACUCAGCCGUGUCGGCCAAAGGAUCCAAGUUCGGUGCCAUCUUUAAGACGCAGGACUUGAGGGUCGACUAUUAUCUGGAUCGUUUAAACGAUAUCUUGUCCAGGACAGCCGAGGGAGGCAACAGUAGAGUUGCCCAAAAGUUCAGUCUGAUAUUCAACAUGCUAAGGAGCUGGCAUUUGAAACGAACAGAGGAUGGCCCGGUGUCUCGACAAAGGACCCCGGCUGGUAGGGGGAACGCUCAACAGGCCUACCGGCCAGCUCCGCUUCCACAAGAGCCACCGCCCAUGAGCUGGAAUCAGCACCCUCGGCCAUUGAUGGACCAACCCACUGCGCCGCAUGUUCAGCCGCGGAACGGUCUACAGAUGUUGUCUGAUGCCGCCAUGGGCCCUGGCCCGCCACCCUCAACCGUCCUUGGGCCUCAACCUCCCCAACAUCCACAGUGGUUGCCACAACAACCCAUUGGUCAAAUGCUCCCCGGUGUCACCGAGAUGUCGAUGCACAACCCCGGUAUGAUGGGCUAUGGUCUGCCUGGGCAGGAGUUGGGACCCAUGGACUUUACCUCGGAUGAGCUGAUGGCCUUUGGAUUUGGCGAUGAAUUUCUUGCCAUGAAUUUUGGAUUUGAGCAGCCAAACUGGGCAAUAUGACAUUUUCCUAUUUAUGGCUGGUGUCUUGCAGAAUUUGGUCGUCGCCAAGGUUGGUGAGAAAGGUGGCGUCGUGCAUGCUCUGCUGCCAUGUCCAUGACGGCAGAUGCCCUAUGUUCCUGCCUGUGUAUAGUAAUUUCUGACGAAUCUAUGUCUUAACGGCCGUGAAUAUCAUGCUUUGAAAUGUCUACGAG